AUGGGAGCUGCUUCCCCGCCCAAGGCCACUUUCCCUUUACCACCCUAUGAAUCUGAGAUUACGGCUUUUGAGGAUACGCAACGCCGGCCAUUACCUGCAAGCUUCGAAGAGCUUCUUGCUCUGCGCUCUGAAGAGCCACCUACAGAUGAAACCAUAGCGAACGACCCCGAUCUGACUAUCGAGGAUCUUAAAUCCCCAUCCCGGAUGGAAUAG